AUGAGUAAUAGCGAAUUAGAUACGCCAGUAGAUAAGAGUGUGGAAGAAUCAUUUGUGAAACUUCAGAAAAUCGAAAGUGAAAUUCAAAGUGCAGAUGCUCAAGUCGAGCAGUUCAAGAAUCAACUAUUCACACCUAUAUACAGGCGUCGGAGAAAAUUGCUUGACUCCAUCCCUAAAUUUUGGUACGUUGUUCUUGCACAACAUGAAGAUUUCCAGGAGUAUGUGAGUGUCGAAGACAUGAAAUACAUAGAGUUGAUUUCAGAUUUGUACGUUGAAUUUUGGGAUGAGACCAAAUUUGAUGAUGGUAAUGUGACCACCAUCGCUACAAUGCCAAAAAAAGGGUUUACUUUAACAAUACUCUUCAAGAAUGUAAAGGCAGAAAAAAAAGACAAUGAAAUCGAAGAACAAGAGGUAACAAAGAACUUUGAAUGGGUUAUAGAUCCAUCCACGGGAUCUCGCAGAUUAGAAUCAGAACCUGUUACAAUAAAAUGGCCAAGUGGCCUAAGUACGUUGGAUCCAAUGCUGAUCAAACAGCGGGCAAAGGAGGAAAAAAGAACAUUAUCAGAUGAUGAUAAAAAGAGAUACAGAAAAGGGAUGCGUUCUUUUUUUUCCUUUUGGCAGUGGUCUGGUAGAAAGCCAGGCAAAGAGUAUAGGAAUGGUGAGGAAUUGGCAACAUUAAUAGCUGAGGACAUUUUCCCUGCAGCUUUGGAUUACUACGUUCUUGCUGCCCCGGGAAUAGGUGAGCAGGGAGACGAUGAAGACGAAGACGAGAGUGGCGAAGAACUUGAUUUGAGUGAACAAGAGGAAGCUGAUGAUGAAAGCCAGAGAAACGUUAAAAGGCAGAAGAAAGCGUAG